UCACUACAAGCUACAAAACUUCUUUUCUUCACUUAUUAACACAUCUUCACACACACACACACACAAACAAAAACAUCAACUUGCUAUAUAUAUAUAUAGAGAGAGAGCAUAUAGUAAAACUAUAUAAUUUAUUUUAAUCAAGGUCUAAAUUAACAUGGAUAUGGUGAUGAAGUUGGGAGCAGAAAGUCCAGUGGUGAUUCUUAGCAAGAGCACUUGUUGCAUCUCUCACAGCAUCGAAACCCUAAUUCGAGGUUUUGGGGCAAACCCUACCGUUUACGAGCUCGAUAAACUUUCAAAUGGGAAAGAAAUGGAGAAGGCAUUGAUUGAAUUACUAGGAUGUAAAUCAAGUGUGCCAGCGGUGUUCAUUGGAGAAGAGUUUGUUGGUGGCUCUAAUGAGAUUAUAAGUCUUAAUGUUAGAGGCAAGCUCAAAAACUUGCUUCUAAAGGCUAAUGCUAUUUGGAUAUAGAGAUUAAAUUUACUAGCUAGCAAAUAAUCAGCUACAUAAUCAGAAUUUUUCACUAAAAAAAUAUAAAAAAAAUAAAUAUACGAAUAAGUCAUUGCAUUUCAAUCGUGUAGUAUAUAUAGAUUAUAUAUAAAGAUCAAAAUUCACUAGCUAGCUAGCAUGUUUAGAUUUUGAAACCUUUCAUUGUAGCAGUUUCAAGUCUCACAUUUCCUAUUUUGAUGUACUAGUGCAUAAAAAUAAUUCAUAAAUAUAUAAGUUUUAUCUUAA